UAGAAACUGAACAGCAGUCAGUCAGUCAGUCUGUCGUCUGUCUGCGCGAAACGAUCAGACAACCUGCGAAAAGACGAUGCGAUCCAGCGCUGAUGCACUGAGGACAAAACCUGAAGGUGAAAUAUAAUCUGGUUUGUUGAAGAUUUCAUAACUUUUUGUUUUUCUUACACUUCUUGAGGGAAGCGGAUGGAGCCGAACAAACCGCCUGAAGGCUUCAGGAUGAAGAUGAUCUCCAGGAUCCUGCUGCUCCUCAUCCUCAGCUCAUGUCUCUGUGCAGCAACAUUUGUAGUGAAUGUGACACAGAGCAGCUAUCAGGCAGAGGAGAACCACAGCGUCGCUCUGGAGUGGACCUUCACCACCGAACCCGACUCCUGCUUGAGCUUCGAGUUCAUGAUGUUCACAUUAAUAACCGAAAACAAAAAAGUGUCCAUCUUGUUCCAUGAGCAUGGUGGAGCGGAGGUGUCGCAGUCUCAGGAUAAACAGUUUGCAGGACGAGUCCAGAGUGAUAAAGAACUCCUUAAAGACGGACGGAUUAAACUGCACGUGUCCAGGCUGAGGAUCAAUGACUCUGGUCUGUAUCUGUGUGAGAUCCAGGCAGAUUGUGGCUUCGGCUCUGCUGCCUGUCAGCUAAUAGUCAGAGCUGGUGACAAACAACCUGUGAGUCCAACUGCGAAUCCUCCAACAGAAAAUAAAGGAUUGAUCGCUCUCUACGUUUUCCUGGUGUUGGCAGCAGCAGGAGCAGCAGGAGCAGCACUGUACUGUAAAAAACAAAAAAAAAUAGAUGUUAACCAUCUGUUACAAAGACUCAGAUGAACAAUGUCCAGGACGAGACGACGACGAUACAGGUGUAAACAAAGAUACACACAAAUGUCAAAAUUCACACAGAAACAUAAAGAUUGAACCCUAAAUAACACUUUAGCAGUUUAUCAGCAAAAAAGGUUUGAUUAAUUUUAAGAUUUUAUAUUCAGUCUGAAAACCUGGAAGAUUCAAAAUAGUUGCUCAUUUUAAAUCCUGACUGAAAGCACAGUUAUAUUCUGCAGCUUUGCAUUUAUCAAUCAAUCAAGUUUAUUUGUGUGGCACAUUUCAGCGACACAAAAAUACAACGUAAAAAGAAACAUAAAGUCAACAAUUGAGAAAACCAGAAACAAACAUCACAUUUUGAUGAGUGAAAAUCAACAAACCCAUUGAUGCACAUCAGAUAUCUGGGUCAGUGUUUCAUUUAUGAUGGUUCAAAAUCAGCCCUAAUCAGAUGGGCUAUUAGUCCAGAUUUAAAGGAACUCAGUGUUUCGGCUGUUUUGCAGUUUCUGGAUGUUUAUUCCAGAUUUGUGGUGCAUAGAAGCUGAAUGCUGCUUCUCCAGGUUUGGUUUUAUUUAAAUCUGAUUUUAAAUUUCUAGGUUCCUUUGAGAACCUCAGUGACUUCACCACGGCCGCCUUCAGGGUGAAGGAUGACGACCAGCUGCUGCUUCCUGGACUUCGUAUCGUCUCCUCUGGGCGACUUCCUGCUGUGAUGUCAGAGUAUUUGGACCUGAACUGAACUGGGACCUGAACUGAAGUGAACUGAAUCAGUGAAUCGUUCAGUCUGAUGUCGUGCUCUUGAUCAGCCUUUCUUCCACCAUCAUUUAUCCUUCUGGAUUUUCUGGAGAUUUUUGAAAUUCACGGCAGAAAUCUGAUCCAUCAUGAAGAUCAGAUGUUUUCUGAAGUCGUCAUCUUCCUCUUUCUAUGACUGACUCCCAAUCAUUUCUCAGUAUUUAAUAUUGUAUCUAUUGUUACUUUCUGUGAUUUAAAUAUUUAAUUUUUAACUGGCUUCCUUAAGUGUAUUAGUUAAACAGAAAUGUAUUAUUUUGUCUCGUUUUGGAGCAAGUUAGUGUCCGUUUUAUUUUCUUAAAAUCUGAAGAAGUUUGUCCAUGUUUGUGUUAAUGGUUGAUUUUUUUUUUACUUGAGUGAUUUUUAAAGCUCAUCUGCUUGAUUCAGUCAGUGGAAGACAAACGUCUUAUUUUUACUUUUUAAUGUGUUAUUUCAUGACAUCCUGUGUAUUUGUACAUGUUUCCCUGUUUUCAGCUCUAAUAACUUGAUGCGUCUUAAACGAGUUUUUGUGAUGAAUCAAUUAAUCUGGCAGUGAAACCCAACGUGAUACUGCCAGACUUUUAAAAAAUAAGAAUCAUUCCCCAGAUUUGCUGCAGUAACAUAACUUAUAUUGUUGUUGCUGCUCAUGAUUUAUGAGAAUCAGUGUCAAUGUGAAUAAAACAACACACAGAAACCUUUGAA